ACUGCUCCUCUUGUCCUGUAAGCUCCAGGGAGGAUGGAGGCCUCCGGGAACCCCAAGGCCAGGAGAUGCUGCCCAGAGGCCCUGGGAAAGCUCUUCCCCGGCCUCUGCUUCCUCUGCUUUCUGGUGACCUAUGCCCUGGUGGGUGCUGUGCUCUUCUCUGCCAUUGAGGAUGGCCAGGUCCUGGUGGCAGCAGAUGAUGGAGAGUUUGAGAAGUUCUUGGAGGAGCUCUGCAGAAUCUUGAACUGCAGUGAAACAGUGGUGGAAGAUAGGAAACAGGAUCUCCAGGGGCAUCUGCAGAAGGUGAAGCCUCAGUGGUUUAACAGGACCGCAAACUGGUCCUUCGUGAGCUCACUGUUUUUCUGCUGCACAGUGUUCAGCACUGUGGGCUAUGGCUACAUCUACCCCGUCACCAGGCUUGGCAAGUACUUGUGCAUGCUCUAUGCUCUCUUUGGUAUCCCCCUGAUGUUCCUCGUUCUCACGGACACAGGCGACAUCCUGGCAACCAUCUUAUCCACAUCUUAUAAUCAGUUCCGAAAAUUCCCUUUCUUUACCCGCCCCCUCCUCUCCAAGUGGUGCCCCAAAUCUCUCAAGAAAAAACCGGACCCCAAGCCCACAGAUGAAGCUGUCCCUCAGAUCAUCAUCUGUGCUGAAGAGCUUCCAGGCCCCAAACUUGGCAUAUGUCCUUCACGCCCAAGCUGCAGCAUGGAGCUGUUUGAGAGACCUCAUGCGCGAGAGAAACAGAACACACUGCAACUGCCCCCACAAGCCAUGGAGAGGAGUAACUCGUGUCCCGAACUGGUGUUGGGGAGACUCUCAUACUCCAUCAUCAGCAACCUGGAUGAAGUUGGACAGCAGGUGGAGAGGUUGGACAUCCCCCUCCCCAUCAUUGCCCUUAUUGUUUUUGCCUACAUUUCCUGUGCAGCUGCCAUCCUUCCCUUCUGGGAGACACAGUUGGAUUUCGAGAAUGCCUUCUAUUUCUGCUUUGUCACGCUCACCACCAUUGGGUUUGGGGAUACUGUUUUAGAACACCCUAACUUCUUCCUGUUCUUCUCCAUUUAUAUCAUCAUUGGAAUGGAAAUUGUGUUCAUUGCUUUCAAGUUGGUGCAAAACAGGCUGAUUGACAUAUACAAAAAUGUUAUGCUAUUCUUUGCAAAAGGGAAGUUUUACCACCUUGAUAAAAAGUGAAGGUUUCAUUAUCUCUCAGGUGACAGAUACUGGCUGAGCUGGUUUUCUUGUGUUGUCUUUCAGGGUCAUGCAGCCUGUCACCUGAGACCUUCAGUCUUGGAGACAAAUCCCUUAUAAGAGCUGAGUUCAGUCUUGAGGCCCUGCAGAAAUUUCACCAAUGCCCUUUUUAUCAGGGCAUUAGGAAAAAAAACUAUCACCAUUCCCCAAAGUCCAAUUAAUUUAUCUGUCUUCCUUUUUUAAAAGCACCACCUCAUGUAGAUGAAGCAACCUUAUGGAUGUCCCUGCUUUUCUUGAAAUAUGAGAAACGAAACACCUUUAUUCUUGGAAGUUGUACUUUUAGUUAAAUUAAAAUCUUCCUGAGCUGUUCUUUGUUACCUGAAAAAGAACUAGCGUGAACAGCCUCUUUUCUUGAAUGACUGCAUGAGUGCAUGUAAGACCAGCCCAAUCCCAGCUCCUGUAAAAUACAUAGAUGCCGGGUGUCACCAAAAUGGCAAAGUAGAAGCAAUCUGGCUUCACUGUCCUCCAUAGAAAACCAAAAACAAUGAUCUAGUGCCAAGAUGAUAAUUACCAAUAUCCCAGAACUCAAAAUGAGGCUGUGACGAACCCUGGGGCCACAGAAAAGUGAGAAACUGUGAGCAGAAGGUAGUAAAAUGGACUCCUCUGUGACAUCCCUUCCCCAAACUGUAAGUCACCAUGCAGAAAAGUUCCCUGGACAUUUCUACACUGGGAAAAAUAAGAUCAAAGCAGCCAGCCAGCUUCCUCAUCAUCUUGACGGGAAAGUUUUCCUGCCUCGACCCACAGGAAGAAUCAUGAAUACUAUAGGGUGAGGGACCCCUGAAAGCCUCUGGAGUCACAUAGACAGUGGAGGUGGGGCUAGCAGCCCCGUGCAUGAAACUCUGGGGCUACUCUUCAUCUCAGACAAACAAGACACUGAAUCAGAGAGGUGGUUCAGCAUCAUUACAUUGUAAGAGGCACUCUCCACAGGCCCUCUGGGCAUGAACCCCUAGCCAGCCUCCCCACACAGCUGCAGAAUCCCCUUUGGUGCCCUUUAUCUGUGAAAAGGCAGAGCUUUGAACUUUUGUAAGAGUCAUGAAAAACCUGGGCUUAAGGUGCUAUUUAGUGCUGAAAAGGAGGCAGUGAUCUAGAGCUAAAGGAACCAAUAGGCAAAGUGCACAGAACAUCUAAACACACAAAUGCUAAAGAGACCAAACUAACCCAGGCAUCAAAGACUGGAAUAAAUAACUAAACCUUCAAUGUGAAGACAUAUGUGUACAUGCAUAAGAAACUGCUAACACCAGGAACCAUGACUUCUUCAAAUAGACAAAGGAAGGAGUCAGUGAGUGAUUGACCCAAGCAAGAUGGCAAUCUGUGAGCUCUCAGAUCAGAAAUUCAAAAUAGCAGCCUUGAGGAAACUCAGCAAACUCCAAGGUAACACAGAAAAGCAAUUCAGAAACUUAUCAGAGGAAUUUAACAAAGAGAUAAAAAUAAUUUUUAAAAUAUCAGACAAAAAUCUUGGAACUGAGAAGUACAUUAGCUGAACCAAAAAACACAUCAAAAUUCUCAACAACAGAACAGACCAAGGAGAAGAAAUAAUUAAUGAACUCAAAGACAGGCUAUUUGAAAAUAUACAGUCAGAGACGAGAAAAGAAAACAGAAAGGAAUGAAGAAUGUCUACAAAAUCUAGAAAAUAGCCUCAGAAGAGCAAAUCUGGGAGUAGUGGCUUUCAAGAGGGAAUAGAGAAAGAGCAAGGGGGCAGAAGGCUUAUUCAAAGAAAUAAUAACAAUAACCUUUCCAAGUCUAGAGAAAAAUAUAAAUAUGCCAGGUACAGAAAAGUCAAAAAUCACCAAAAUCACCAAACAGAUUUAACCCAAAUAAAACUACCCCAAAGCAUAGAAUAAUCAUACUCUCAAAGGUCAAGGACAAAGAGAAGAUGCUAAAAGCAGCAAGAGAAAAGAAGCAAAUAAUAUAUAAAGGAGCUCUGAUUCAUCUGGCAACAGACUUCUCAGCAGAAAGCAUACACACCCAGAGUGGGUAGGAUGACAUAUUCAAAGUGCUGAAGGUAAAAAAGACCUGUCAACUGAGAAUACUGUACCCAGCAAAACUAUCCUUCAAACAUGAAAGAGAUAUAAAGAUUUUCCCAGACAAAAGAUAAGCAAAUUCAUCAUCACCAGAACUGUCUUACAGAAUUGCUAAAGGGAGUUCUUUAAUCUGGAAGAAAAGAACAAUGUGCAACAAAGACAUCAUCUGAAGGUAUACAACUCACUGGUAAAAGUAAAUACACAGACAAAUUCAGAAUACCCUUAUGCUGUAAUUGUGGUUUGUAAACCAUUCAUUUCUCUAGUAUGACGACUAAAAGACAAAUAUAUCA